CCUAUAAGGAAUAAGUACUGAGCCACCCGAUUUUGUAUAGAAAGAUACAGAAACUCUAAUACAAGUAUAUAAAUGCUACCUACCUUCCGUACGCCUGUGACAUUUCACACUCAGUCAAGAUUCUCCUACUUGAAACCUUCAGCCUAUUCGUAACGUUGGUCUCCCCCCCCCCCCAAAAAAAAAUGGACUUGCAAGAAAGAAUCGACUGGGUACGUCGUCAACGGCUAGUAACCACAUCGCCUUCCCCUGUGCCUGCCGAAAGCCUCGUCGAACGGCAACAGAAUCCACGGGUGCUUGAGCCCGCCACGCCCUCUGAAACAAACCGACGGCCACAUUGGCGAUAUAGGGACCCUAAUAGCAUUAAGAGAAAGGCGCCCGAGCUUACUAGGGACCAACGGCUCGAGAUACGCGUCUUGAAGAAAUAUCACCCCGAGUUGACAUACAUGGACCUUUCAAAAUGGACUGGGUAUACGUAUCACCAAGUCCAGCGAGCACUCACUGGUCCUCUAUCACCACGAAAGCGAGGCUACGGGCUCAAAAACAUGACAGCUCCGAAGGUACAAACUUCAUCGUCUUAAGCUAAUUAUAUAUAGGAUAUCGAGAGUCUUGAUAAAUAAUGAGGUUAUUUGUAGAGAGUGGGAGGAUUCUUACUAGUGAUUUGCUUAUAUCUUAUAAUAGCUUCGAAGGUAUCUUCUACAUGUACCUAGGUACCAUUUUAUUGUAUUUCGUUUUUUCGAUGGAGGGGGUUGUUAGGUAGGUAGAACUUAGCGAGGGGAUGAGGGGUUGAGAAGCUUAAUUCGAUUUUACCAACGUGCGUCAUACCUUAGCCCACUCUUCAAUUUAUCAAUCCGAAUUUUUC